UCUUAUUUUAUUUAAAUAAUUAUUAUUAAUAAAUUUUGAUUUUGUGAUUUAACUACGUAAGGUUGAUUAUCAAUGCGUAGAUAUAUUUAUAUUUUAUUUAUUUUAACGUAUCUUUAUACAUAAUUAUUAACAAUACGUAAUUAAAUACGUAAUUUGUAAUUUAUAAUGUUCGCAGUAUUAUGACUGAAAUAACUAUACCCAAUUAUAGAUUAGUACAGGAUGUGAAACCACAUUAUGUUUACACAAUUAGAGUAAGUUCAAGAGGUUGUCUUGAAUAUGUAGAAAAACGAUAUAGUGCAUUUCAUUCAUUUCAUAGAGAGUUGAGAAAAUUUGUUUCAACACCACCUUUUCCAUCUAAAAGGAUAAGAUGUUCUCAACCAAAAGUACUUGAACAGCGAAGGGCAGGAUUGGAACGAUAUUUACAAACAGUUUUUAAAAUUGAAGAUGGCUGUUUACAUGUAAUGGAUUUUCUUGGAUUAAAAUGCCAGCCAAAUAAUAGAAUGAAUGUAAAGUAUCAACGCCCUAUCUUUCAUUUAGUUGCUGAAGGUAUUUCAGUAAAAAAUGCACAUAAUCAAAACUCAUGUUUACCAGAUAUAAUUACUGAAGGUGUUCUCAGGGCAUUAUAUUUAUAGUUAAAAGUAGAAAACUCUCAAUUUAAUGACGUAUAAUUACUUGUUUUUUAUUAUAUAUGUUUAUAUGUACUUUACAUUUUAUAAAUUUAAUUUUUUUUAAUAUUAAUUCAAUUUAUAGUAUUGAUUUAAGUGUUUU